GUAACUGUCAAAUUCCCGUAUGAUAUUCGAGAAAAGUUGAUUUUAUUUGCAAACGUGUUUUUAUUUCGUGUAAUUAGAUAUUUCAUUGUAGAAUUGCUAGAUUUUGAAUAUUGUGUAAUAUAAAUAGUGUUCUUUAAAUCAUAUUGUUAAAAAUAGCGUUUAUCUGUGUAUUCACGUGCAAUUUUGGCGUCAACUUACUUCGUUCCUGUUUACUCGCUGCAACUGUGAUUUUCAAAAAGGUAGUUUAGUGCUGGUCACUGCCAAGUGGAUAACCCAGGGAUGCUGGGGCAGGUGUUGUUAAGCCUGUGCGUGUCGGGGGGGUGCUGGUGCUCGUGACGUCACGGCAUGGACUCCCCAGAGGCCCGCGCGGCCCGGAUCGCCAAGUAUAAGGAGGAGAGGAGGAAACAGCUGACGGCGCGAACUGCCACGCUCUUCUCGGCCAAUGUCACGGAGAGACGACCAAGAAAAGCGGGCGACCGCACUCUCUCAGAGGACAACGCUGGCCACAUCAAGUCGUCUUCGGAGCUCAACCUCAACAUCGGCUCCUCGGCAGUGCCCAUCAGAACCACCCGAACCUCGCGCCUGCGAGCCGCCGCCUCCGUACAAGAAUCCACCCUCUCGCCCAAGAAAAACAAUCGAAGCUCCUCUGUCACCUCACUCAUAGAUGACCCCAAAAACAAAACACUCCGAACAUCCCGAAUCAUAGACAGAGACAAAAGAUCGGGCCGCAGGCAAAGCAGGGAAGAGAAGGAGAACCUAAAGAGCGCAUCCACCACGUGCGUUGUUCAAAAAGACAUUGGUGCUAUUAAAACGAAAACUAAACAUUCCAUUAAUAAGAGUAAUUUAGAAAAAGACAAAAGUAAGAAUGUAGUCAUUAGUCCUAGAGCGAAAGCUGCGUCUCCCGACGAUAAAACGAAGGCAGUGAAGAAAGGAAUUGUUAGCGAUGAUAAGAAACCCAAACCUAGACACCCUGUAAGAGUCAACAGCGAGGAAUUGUUCAACGAUUUGAUUUCCGACAAACCAUCUACCUCCGAGAACAAUGAGAUCGAGGAUAUAUUCAACGAUUUAGUUAAAGAACAAACCAUUAACCCAGUAGAAGAUGUAACUGUUGAUUUAGUGAACGGUAGUGUGAAUGCCGGGCUCAAAAGUGAAGUUCCUAAGAUAGAAGAGUUUAAAGUGGAAGUGGCAGCUAGUGGUGAAGUGCCAGUGCAAGAAGGCGGUCUGUUAGGCGUGGUGUGUGUCCGUAAAGUGGAGCGAUUCAGUGAGUUGCUCAGUAACCUGUGCUCCCCGUGUGAAGCGGAGUUGCUGUUUGAGGAUAUUCUGGCAGAGAAUGGGCUGAACGGACACGGAGAUGGGCAGUUGAACCAAUCAGCGUGCGAGGAGCCGUGCCGCCGUGCGCAACCCUCGCGCGGCACCAGCACUCCGAAGCGAGCCCACACCUGCGCCAGCGAUGAAGGAACUGCCAAAUCGAAAACCCGAAGUCCCCCAGACGCAGCUCGCCCCAAGACUGAGACCCCGCAGUCGUCUUCCAGAGUAUCUCCUAGAUCUACGUUCAAUCUGUCACUCGGUAUCAAAUCCUCACUCAUUCCAACCAAAACCCCAGAGCGGCGGAGGAGCAGCGAGUCUGCGAAGCCGAGCGGUAUACCGCUGUCCAGGAAGUCGGCAGAAAAGCUUAGACAUUCUACAUCCCCUGUUAAGCGGGACUUAACCAAGGAUGCUACAAAGUCUACAGCCAAACCUAAGGCCGAUGUAAACAGAAGUAUACAGAAAACUCCAGAAAAAGUCCGAAGUGAUCCAGAAACCCGAACCGAUAGAGGACGUCGAGCUCAAAAAGAUAGUGAAAUUGUUAGCGAAAGAUAUCAUAAUUCAAAGAAAAGACUGACUAGUUUAGAGAGUAAUUCCACGAACGCUAACAAUGCUAGAAGAAAUUCACCCAAAAAGUCAUUGAAAGAUAAUGAGCCUAGGAAAGAAAGUGAUAUUGUAGCUGAAAGUAAUAGUAGCGAGAAAAUGUCAACGCUUCAUGAGACUGUUAGACCUCACCCGAGUCGCCUGUCUCAGGACCUGGACAGUCUGGCAGCGCUCACCAAGCAGACACUAGAUAGAGUUAACAAAUUGUCGAGUAACUUAGCUAGUAAUAAGUUAAAUCUAGACACAUCCGAACCACAGUUUGACGCCCUGUUCGGAAGCACCUCAGAGCAGAACAAUGGCAACAGUAACACUGUCAGUAACUGCGGCCUCGGCGAGGAGAAGGCUUUCCAGAGCAGAGGUGUCGAUGAACGACUGAAAGACAUAGACACGGCGGCUCAGCGGCUCAUCGACUUCGAGAAACAAAGUGCAAUGUUCUCUGAUCUCAGUAACGAUACGUCUAGUCAAAAUCGUCGUCUUGAUACUUCAUCGGCGUCCUGUAGUCACACGCCAGUGUCUAUCUUGAAACGAAAGUCUAUUCAUGAAGAUGUAUCCAUUUCUAAUCCUAUAAAUCACGCUAUCGCUUCACCCCCAGUCACAUUUUCACCCAAUGUCAUAGAACGUAACUCACGGUCAGACAGUAGACAGCGGCAAGGUAUACUUAAAAAACGGAGGAGCCUAGACGAGUCACAGGUUGCACGGAGAAGGUCAUGCAGCCCUGAAGUAUCGUUUGCUGAAGACGGGUCACCAGACACCAGCAAACCUACGAUACUGAAGAACAGAAGGUCAUCCCUAGAAGAUAUCAUCAGGAAUCAUUCCCCAGACAGUCAAAUUCAGGGUAUCCUCAAGAGGAAAAUGAGUCGCGAGGAAGAGCAUCCCAACGAUGACGUGUCGCAGGGUUCCCCGGAGCCUCACGGGAUUCUGAAGCGGAAGUCGAACUCGAGCUCGAGCAGCAGCACGGCGUCGUCGCACGUGUCCAUCGCGCAGGCCGUGCUGCUGGCAGCCGCGGGCGGCGCCGAGAUCAUCGACGACGACAACGCCGUCAGACCCAUCCUCAAGAAGAAGAGCUUCUCCGAGGAACGGCCCUGCAUGGACCUCAACACGUCAGACACCCCGAGGCCGAUACUCAAAAAGAAAUCUCUAGAACACGAAGACCACGAAUUCGAACUACCCAAGCGACCGAUCUUGAAGUUAUCAAAGAAGAUUGGAGACGACGGUCACUCCUCCAGCUUUGAUAUGAGCGAAGACGACCGAAGCUCUCGUCGUCCUUCGCUUUUGCGUUCGAGGGCGUCUGACCAGUCUGGUUCAGAGUGCGAGGCGACCGUGCGGCCCAUACUGAAGCAGCGCGGCUCCAGCCUCACCAGGGAACGGAGCCAAUCGCCGCGCCCACGGCUGUCGUUCUGUGCGGACGACACCGUCGCAGUCGCGGGGUUCAGUAGCGACGCGAGCGACCCGCCGGCCGCCGGCCCGAGCCGCCGAGACGACGCUCCCCACGCGUAUCCCAGCGCAGUGCUUCGCCGCAGAAACCAACGGCCAAAAGACAGUGCGCGAUCCAAAUCCCUAGCUUGCGACGUGAACAACGAGCUACUCUCUAUCCUCAACAACCGCAGACUCAAAGUCGAAGAGAGUGUGAACGAGAACCGGGAGGACAUAGACCCUGACGGACCGCCUAAAGCGUUCCCUUCCAUAGCUUCCAGGAUACAGAGCAUGGAGAAAGCGUUGACGAAGGACGCGCUGGCACCGAGGGACUCCAAGUUCCGGCAGCGCGGGGAGCGGUACAAGACGCAGCCAAUCACAGUCGAGGAGAUGCGCUCCAUUACGUCAAGCUCAUUGGAUGCGGGCCAAGCGAGUUUCCAAGUGUUCGGCCCCAUCGGCAGUAGUUUUCCGAGCCGUCUCGCCGCUGGUUCCUCUGCUCAGAGCGACGCGCAGACCUUGGACUCGCCCCCCUUCGGUGCCAGCUCGUUCGGUGCCAGGCGGUCGCCGGUCAACGGCUUGACCAAGGAGGAUAGCUUCGGAGAGGCCACGUUCUUGGACUUUGAGAACGGGGGUGCAAUCCUCGAGCGAAGACAGUCCACGCUAGAUGAGAUAGAGAAGGAAGUGGACCAAGUCUGUGAGGCUCUGGACGAACACAGCCGGGCGUUGGAGGAAGACGAGAGACACCUGGCUGAGGCUGACAACUGGAGUCUCAACGUGUCGUGCGACAGCGGUGUCUACAAUCGAGCGUCCUCGCGGGACUCUGGGCCACAUUCAGGCGAAGAGCUCGGCCUAAUCGAAAGCCUCGACAUCAAGGACAACCUCGCCACCAACUGGUCAUCCAUGGAGCAGCACGCCGGCAACUCCUGGCCAUCCACGGAGCAGGGGGCUGAGGGGGUGGGUGAUGAGGCGGAGGGGACGGGGGGGUUGGCUCGGAGUGCCAGCGUGGUCGCGCGAGCUAACAUGUGGCAGCACCUGCAGCAUCAGGCUAAAGGGACCCCAAAGCCGUUGAUUCGCCACAACCGGUCCAAAACGAACACCUCCAUAGCCGAUCGCUUCAAGACGCAACAGACAGAUACGAGUCCAGAACAAUCAUUCUCUCUCGCUCAGAGCAAGAGCACGGCCAAUGUGCUGGACAGGGAUGAAGAUGCCAAACUAGACGAGGAUGACCCAGCGAAGCUAUCCAUCAUGGACAAAAUGAAGAUGUUCAACACGAAACUAACCCACAAGCCGCCGGUAGCUGGCCUGAAGCCGAGAGAAGAAAGGCAAGUUAGAGCGAACAGGCUUAGAACUAUGCCGGUCUUAGCCAGCCAAGUCCAACAAGCCAUGGAGAACAACGAGAGGUUAACGAAGAGUUUUACACAAGAAGAGGUGCCAAGAAGUUCCGCUUUUCAACUGAAGAUGGAGCUGUUUCGGUCUGCGAGUGCCCGGAAUACUUCGUUAGAGUAUUUGAUGAAGCAGAAUGCCAAGUAUAGGAGUUUAGACAUGGAUGACGAGGAUACCCCGCCUGAGCGAGCUGAGCGCAUGAUCACGCCCGAAGUCAGAGGUAUACUGAAAGCGGGCGCCACGGCCGUGCCCAAACCCAAGACGCUGGCUAAGGGGGAGAGCUCUGAGGGUCUCAAAGACGAAGGCAUAGACAGUUCAUCGGACGACGAGUCAGCGUCCGCUAGCAGCGUGUCUUCAUCAGAGAAAAGUUGUUCAUCAACAGAAAGCUCAGAUGAAAUCCCAGAACAGAAACCCAAGAGAUUCGCUCUAGAGACCCCAGAACAAAAACCCCGAAGAUUCGCGGCCAGAAAGAGCAAUAAACUCAAAAACUCCAGGACCGAUUCGGACUUGGCCAAAAUGCUGACGCCUAAACCCGAAAACGUGUACCCAAGAAAGGUCCAAGCUAUACAGCUACCAGGAGCCAAUGAGUUGAAGGAGCGUUUGAGUCAAGCCAAAAACACAGAUGUCAAACUGCCGUUUCUGGCUAAACUAGCGAAGAAAUCACCAGAGAUUCAGAAAGAGAAAGAUGACCCGAACAAUCCAAGAUACAGAAGGUUUAUCAAAAAGUUGGAUGAGCCAAUUCAACUGGGAAAGCUGAGGAGGCCCCCAGAAAAGCUGAAUCAGUCCUUUGAUAGGAUAGAGGAUAAGCCACCGACUGUGUUGAAGAUUUCUGCGUUGAAUCAAGAGGCUAAGAAUAAGUUCUUCGGUCUGGAACCUAAGAAGGAGAAGAGUAUUGAUGAAUUGGCAGCUGCUGUCAGAAGGUUUAUUCCACCGGUGGCCAAGUCGCAGUCGACGGCGGUGUUCGAGGCGGGCUCCGGCAGCGACGGCGAGAGCAGCGGCGGCCGCGAGGUGCGCCAGAUCACCACCAGAGUGCGACACAGGCCGGCGGGCGGAGUGCAGCGGAGCGCCACCAAUGCAGACAUGCCCAACCGCGGCGGCACCAUCGCUGAGAGGUUGGCGGCCCUGCAGGCGGCGGGGGCCAACGACUGGCGCGCGCGUGUCUGUCGACUCAGUCCUGAAAAGGAAGACACAAAGGCCAUAGAACGAGCUAAGAAUCGGAUCAAUGAGAACCUCAACUCUGUAGAUGAGAAGAAGAAAGAUAAAGCCAUCAUCGAGGACAAUGAAGUCAGCGCCAACAUCCUCGCCGAUCGGCGGACCAAGCUGGAGACCGCUGCGCAGGGUUGGCGCAAGCGAGUGCCUCAGAGCGAUGCGUCUCUCUUCACGGUUGCCGGUCGACUGGAGCGCGACAAGGCGUCGUCGCCCGCGCCGCUGACCCCUCCCGCGGCCCCCGCCGCCCCCGCGGUCCCUGCGCUGCCUACACCUAAUAAGUUCCGGUCCCGAAAAGCGCCCGCAUCCCCCACAAACGGCCUGGCCCCCAGCCCUCUCCGCUCCGCUCCGCUCGGCUCCGGUCCGCUCCGCUCGGCCUCGUGUGCCGUCGUCAACGCUGCGCUGGUGGAACAGAAGCCUGAUGUCAUACCGGCCAGGGAUGCGUUCAAACGCAGCCAGUCGGUGAACGAGGGAUUUAACCGGAUCGAAGGAUCGGACUCCACCCCCGAGCGAGCCGGUGCCGCUGUGCGCGUGCCCCGAGCGGACGACGAGACGUUCCUAGCGUUCUACACGCCCGUUCUGGAACGCGUGACCGUGGAUGAAGCGGACGUGGAUGUGGAUUUGGAUGCUAUUGACAGUGCCAGUCGACAGCUGCUAGCCAACGACUACGCAAAACGCGCCAAACGCUCCCGAAAGCAGGCCGGCUCGCGCAACCCGCUGCGGGCGCUGGCUGCACGCACCGAUUUGCGCCACGAGUACCAGCACUCUGUGUGCACUAUACAGGGCCAGGACAACAAGGAGAAAGCCACAACAACACCGAACCACGGCUUGGCAGCGGAAGCCCUAGCGGCUCUGGCCACUAAGGAAGACUUCUCCGCCGUGUCGCUCCGUAGCGCCGCCGCCGCGCCGCUCGCCGCGCCCGCGCCGCUGAUGCUGCUGCAUGUGAAGGGACGGAGGCGGGUGCAGACUCGCCUAGUGCAGCCGGUAUUCAGCAGCGUGAACCGCGGCGACUGCUUCGUGCUGCUCUCGCCCGAGCAGCUCAUGCUGUACGUCGGGCAGUACGCCAACGUCAUUGAGAAGAACCGAAGCACGGACAUCCUAACACACAUCCAGAGCACUAAGGACCUCGGAUGUAAAUGCACAUCCGCCGUCAUCAUCGACGAACAAACCAAAAACUACACCAGCAAACAGUGGAACCAGUUCUGGACGGCCCUAGGCGUCAAGGAAAACGUAGAGAACUACAGACCAGCCGACACUGGCCAUCCGGACGAAGAUGAGAUCUAUGAGAACUGUAUUAUACAGACUAAUAUGUGCUACGAGGUUAUAGAUGAUGAGUUGGUCCCGAUUAAGGAGUAUUGGGGACAGGCGCCGAAAAUUGCGAUGCUUAAUCAGUCGAAGGUGAUUGUCUUCGAUUUUGGGUCGGAAAUGUAUAUUUGGUAUGGAAAGAAUGUCCCGCUAGAGACUAGGAGGCGAGCGGCGCAGUUGGCACAGGAAUUGUUUGAUGAAGGAUACAAUUAUGAGGAUUGCCACAUAAAUCCGGUCAACGCAGCCGUAUUCCAAGGCGCUAGAGAUGAGAAUGCAACGACGCCGGUUAAAACAUCGAAGACGCGACCAGAAUGGGCUAUUCUAUCCAAAAUUUCGCAACACAUGGAAACAAUAUUGUUUAAGGAGAAAUUCGUGGAUUGGCCCGACUACUCCAGGGUAAUCAAAGUGAAACCGCAAGAGAACAAGACUAACAGCCUAGAAAUAACCCCGUGUGAUGCAGAAGAGAUGUGGGCGAAUGAAUACAUAGACCCAGAUCUAAUUCUAGAGGGCUCGCACGUCGGUCGAGGCACCCACUACUAUGACAAAGAGAACAUGAGACAUUACGACAUCAAAACUCGGUCCGUUUGCAAGUGGGUCAUACAGGAAUUCGACUUCCAAAAGGUGGAAAACGAGGCCGAUAUACCUGACUUCUACUCCGCAGAUAGCUACAUCAUCCGAUGGGAAUACAUUAUUACCGCUACAGGAAGAGAGUUGAAUGGAAAGCCGUCUAAACACAACAUCACAGGCAGGGAUAGAUGCGCCUACUUCUGUUGGCAAGGCAGGGAUGCGUCGUCCAACGAUAAAGGUGCAGCCGCAUUGCUAACCGUCGAACUAGACAAAGAAAAGGGCCCUCAAAUCCGAGUAGCCCAAGGCAACGAACCACCAGCAUUCCUCAACCUCUUCCAAGGGAACUUAACCAUCCAUCAAGGGAAGAAAAACGCAGACAAAAGCCGAUACAAACUCUUCGUGACGAGAGGAAACGUGUCCAACGAAGCUUACCUUCUGCAGGUCCCUUGCUCAGUCCGACAGCUUCGCAGCCGCGGCUCUUUACUACUGGUCGAUACUGAAAAAGGCUGCCUCUACAUCUGGCACGGCGCCCGAAGCCUCAAACACACUAAGAACAUAGCCAUUGAACUCGCAAACAAAUUGAUAGCCCGCGAAUCGACCUACCUAUUCGGCGCCAAAAAGUCUAACCUCAAAAUCACGGAGGUGAAAGAAGGUGAUGAGCCGAAAGAGGUUUUGGAGGCUCUAGGCUGUGCCAACAAGCAGUAUUACAACUCAGUGUUGAACGGUAAAGACGCGAGUGUGGACGUGACGGCGAGACUGUUCCACUUCACGGAUCUGGGCGGGCAGUUCGAAGCGCAAGAGGUGUUGUCCCCUCUGAGGCACGACGGCUUGGUGACACCCUUCCCUUUUGAACAAAAGGAGCUGUACUCCGCUUCGCAACCUGCCCUAUUCCUACUCGACGCGGGCGGCUCGCUGUGGCUGUGGCAGGGCUGGUGGCCGCGCGCCGCCGACGGGGAGCUCGAGUCCAAGGAGAUCAACAUCGGAGUGGGAGCAUUCGCGGCGCGCUGGCAAGCGAUGCGAGCGGCCGCGCUCCGCACCGCCGAAGCAUACUACCACGUCUCACGUACACGGUCCACCCUCACCCCAGGGUCCACUGACACCCUGGGGGCAGACGCACCCAGGGUGAAUGGAACCCAGGGUACUGCGCAAGUGAAGGUGGUGGCGGCAGGAUUGGAGCCGAAAGCGUUCACUGACCUGUUUGAUUGUUGGACGGAACAUGAUGAGGCGGCUGAGGCGAAUAUUGAGCACGGGUACAAGUGCGGCGACAUCCUCUCCGGCGCGUGCGAGCUGUCGCGCCUGUCGUCUACCUCCGCGCUGGUACCGCUCGCGGCGCUGCAGAGGCGGCCGCUGCCCGACCACGUGGACCCGAUGAGGUUGGAGAGGCAUCUGGAUGAGCACGACUUUCAGGAGGCAUUCGGCAUGACCAAAGAAGAGUUCGCCGCGCUGCCGCCGUGGAAACAAACUAACAUGAAGAAAGAAGUGGGCCUCUUUUGACACUUUUGCCUUACAAGUAACGAUAUAUCUCUAUCCCUGUCCCGCCCGCCGCUGUCUCAUAAGGGCGGGUGCGACGGCAGUAAGCUGCCCGUAUUUUACUACUAAACGUUUUUGUACACUCAACAAUAUUUCGUACUUUUUUACCGACGACGUUUAAGGAUUUGAUACCAUAGUGUUAAAGCACGCUUUAAAUUCAUUAGUGAUUAUUGUAAUAGUCUUUUUGUACUAACGGAUCAUAAACUAUGUAUUCAUAAUCGUGAUAUUUACAUUGUAACUUUCAGCGUAGAGCGAGCUAAGUGAAGGGUUUUCGAAUGGACUAUAAUUAUGUAUUGAGGAUUUGUUCAGCGGAAUUGCUAGGUGUCCGCCAUUUUUCUCAUCCACGGCUCUCAAAUGUUUGUAUAUAGUUGUUUUGUUUUUAAUUUAUUGUUUAUUUCUUUCUCUCUAUUACGGAAUUCGAGUCUGAGCCCAGUUUUAGAAUUUAGGACUUCAGUUUGAGUUUAAGAAGAGUCAAUGAAAACGUUGGUCCAAUUGCUCUAUUUGAGCUCUAAAGAAAUCUUAAUUUUGAAAUUGGGUAUAAAUUUCCGGUAAGCUCAUGGGAGCUGUUGAAGAAUAAACUAGUUUUUAGACAUUUAAGUUUUGUUUUAAUCUUGCAAAUAUUUAUUUCGGGCAUGUGGAUGCGAAAAAACAUAAGAGUAUAGGUAAAAGUACUUUUUCUAGUGUCAUUUUUAGAGAAAUUGCCAACAUCGUGGUUUUAUAUUAUUCAAGACAAGAUAUCCAAUCAGUGAAAAUGUGUACACGGGCAACCUUUGUUGAGCAACUACUUACAACAAAUUAGUGGCAUUACCCAUUCAAUUCUCUAUACCGACCACUUGAUAUCAAAUAAAAGUUUGACUUACAAAUAAAUACGACAUGUUUAAUAUGACCCACAGUGUGUUAGUUUAAACAAAGUCUACCAUAGUUGCCAGUGUACUGAGAGGUUAUUCACGACGGCAAAUUGUAUUGAUCAAGGUUGACUAAUGGUUAAAGUUGCUAGUGUUACAAUUAUACACGUAUUUACGCUUUAGGGUAGUUUUAUACAGUUCCGAUAUCAGCUGAGAGCCAAACAGGAUAUUACUUUGUGAUAUCGGCAAAUCUUCCCGCCGUUGUUAUACUUCCAAAUGUUGGUCCAACUGUUGGCUCUCAGCUGGAAUCCGAACACCAAUAUCUGAGAAAAAUAACACAUCACAUAUCUAAUCUACUCAUUAGCCAUUUUAUACUACGCAUUACUGUAUUUUUAUAUUGUUUAUGUGGUAAAGUUGACCGUCGCGCCAUAUCGACCUGACAUCACUGAGACUGAAGUCCGUUUAUUAUGGUUUCGUUUGGUUAAAUUUAAAAGAUUGCGUUUAAGAUUACGCCGGCGCUCUUCGCCACAAAGUCUUUGUUUAAAGAGCACUUGAAACCAAUUUAUAUGGCUUCCGUUACGUAUAAAUUAAAACAAUAAUUACGCUCUCAAAAUGGCGGUAGGUACUUGCGUGACGAUCAACAGUGCCACGUUAUCGCGAUCACCUUAGCUUGGUAGUGAAAAUACAUUUUUAUUGGACUUACUUAUGUGACUUAACCUGACACUCCGAUGGACUUUUUGUUGCCAAACUUGACUCAAUGCGACUCUCAAUAAAAUGUGGUUUGUACGUUUUAUAUCCCGACCUUUCUAUGUUGUCUACAAUUUUAGAUGUUUAUUUUUUAUAAUCCUUAUUUUAAUGUCAUUUAGGCUCAUUAAAUUGUAAUGUUAGUAUGAAUUUUUGAAUUGCCAGUAUUGAAAUGUGGGGUGAACUGCCAAUGAGUAGAAAAGUACUUUUUGUUAAUGAAAAGUCAUUUAGUUAUUUCUGAAUAUUAAUCACACGCCAUUAACUGUGUAACUUCCACUUCUAUAUGUCCCGAGCUGCAUUUAGGGGCGUCCCGCGCCCUUGGACAUAAAUUAUCUCGAAUCCAUUGUUUAAUGUUUGCUUUGGUUGUGUUACUUAUAACUAUAAUUGAGAUUUAAUUUUGUAUAAUAAUGGUGUAAUAAAUUGCUAAAAUUUUA